ACCACCGCGGUGCUGUGGCCGCGUUAGUUUUCAUAACUCUCACCGAGAUGUGCCAGCAUAGUUAAGGGACAUUUCAGAUCUCGUCCCGGUCCCUGCAACUGAAGACGUUGCUAGAAGGUGGAUUUAAGUGGAUUUGUGGGGUUGUGAGCAGGUGGGGAGCAGGAUGAGCAGGAUGGCCCGCAGCCUCGCAGCGGCUCCGGCGAGCCGCGUCUGGACCAGAAAUGACGGACUGUAGAUGGUCGAGUUUUGCGGGGGUUUUUUUAUUUCCAGAAGUUCUCUCUUAGGGUGUUGAAUUUAUAUCUGUGAUCCGUGAGGCAUCACAGAUCUCCAGAAGAGUUGAUGGUGCGUUUUCUCAGGUGACUUCGUGGUGAGAAACUACAGAAAUGGACGUGAAGAAAGAUGCCCCCCCUGCGGGCGAUGCAGGGAAGACGGACACCAUGGGGUCGACUGGCUCGGCCAGAAAAAGGGGAGGGGGGGCCAAGAAAGCAAUGCAGGCCAACAAGUCUGCUCUCAGGGCCCCCCGAGCCCUCUGCUGCCUCACUCUCAGCAACCCCAUCCGCAUGGCCGCGCUGGCCUUGGUGGAGUGGAAGCCCUUUGAUAUUUUUAUUCUACUUGCCAUUUUUGCCAACUGUGUGGCCAUGGGCGUCACAAAACCGUUCCCAGAUGACGAUUCCAACCCCACCAAUCACCAACUUGAACAAGUUGAGUAUGUCUUCCUCGUCAUCUUCACCAUCGAGACCUUCACUAAAAUCCUGGCCUACGGUCUGGUGAUGCACCCCAGCGCCUACAUACGCAGCGGAUGGAACUUGCUCGAUUUCGUUAUCGUCAUCGUUGGGUUGUUCAGCGUGAUCGCGGAAGGCAUGACGGACCACAAGCCCGGGGAGGCCCAUCACGCUGCAGGGAAGCCCGGAGGCCUGGACGUGAAGGCUCUCCGGGCCUUCAGGGUGCUGCGGCCGCUCCGACUCGUAUCUGGAGUACCAAGUCUGCAGAUCGUGUUGAACUCCAUCAUGAAGGCCAUGGUUCCCCUGCUCCACAUCGGUAUGCUCGUCAUGUUUGUCAUCAUAAUCUACGCCAUCAUUGGCUUGGAGCUGUUCAUCGGCAGGAUGCACAAGACCUGCUACGACUCGGGCUCAGGGCUCAUGGUGGAGGACGACCCGUCGCCCUGUGCGUUCGCCGGGAACGGCCGCUUCUGCGUCAGCAACGGGACUGAGUGCAGGGGCAAGUGGGAGGGCCCCAACGGAGGCAUCACCAACUUUGACAACAUCUUCUUUGCCAUGCUGACGGUGUUCCAGUGCAUCACCAUGGAGGGCUGGACCGAUGUGCUCUACUGGAUGAACGAUGCCAUUGGCUUUGAGAUCCCGUGGAUUUACUUUGUUUCCUUGGUCAUCUUUGGCUCAUUUUUCAUCAUCAACCUUGUAUUGGGUGUGUUGAGCGGCGAGUUCUCUAAGGAAAGAGAGAAAGCCGUGGCUCGCGGAGAGCUGCAGAAGGCGCAGGAGAGCAAGCAGAUGGAGGAGGACAUGAUCGGCUACAUGGACUGGCUCAUAGAAGCGGAGGACGUGGAUGAGGAAGGAAACAAACGUGCUGCGAUUGCAAAGAAAAAGAUGAUGAAGAAGUUUGGCUGGUACAAACACAGCGAGGAUGGAGAGUCGGACUCUGAUGAUGACAUUGCGUAUCUUGACGAUGACAACGGCUUCUGUGCUUCCCUCAUGGCAAAGAUGAUGGCCAAUAGCUUCUGUGACCAGUUGUGCCAGCUCAACCACACGAUGAGAAAGAACUGCCGCGUUGCAGUGAAGACCACCAACUUCUACUGGCUGGUGCUGCUGCUGGUGUUCCUCAACACCGUGGCCAGCGCCUCGGAGCACUACGGCCAGCCCAAGUGGCUCACAGAGCUGCAAGAGCGAGCCAACAAGAUCCUGCUGCUGCUGUUCACGCUGGAGAUGCUGAUGAAGAUGUACGCCUUCGGCCUCCAGAUCUACUUCAUGGCGCUGUUCAAUCGCUUCGAUUGCUUCGUGGUGUGCGGCGGUAUUCUGGAGACGCUGCUGGUGGAGAUGGAAGUCAUCCCGCCCAUCGGCAUCUCCGUGCUGCGCUGCAUCCGGCUGCUCAGGAUCUUCAAGAUGACUCGGCACUGGGCCGCCCUCUCCGAUCUCGUCACCUCGCUGCUGAACUCCAUGAAAGCCAUCUGCUCCCUCCUGCUCCUGCUGUUCCUCUUCCUCAUCAUCUUCGCUCUGCUGGGGAUGCAGUUGUUUGGAGGGAAGUUCAACUUUGACGAGACCCAGAUGAAGAGAAGCACCUUUGACUCGUUUCCUCAGGCUUUGCUCACGUGUUUCCAGAUCCUCACCGGAGAGGACUGGAACGCCGUCAUGUACGACGGCAUCAUGGCCUACGGCGGCCCCAUCUUCCCCAACAUGGUGGUGUGCAUUUACUUCGUCAUCCUCUUCGUCUGCGGUAACUAUAUCCUGCUCAAUGUCUUCUUGGCUAUUGCUGUGGACAACUUGGCAGGAGGAGGGGGGAAGAAAGCUGUGGAGGAGAAGAAAGAAGAAGAAGAGGAGUGGGAUGAGGAUGAAGAGAAGGAAGAGGAAGAUGCAGGGAAUGAGGAGGAUGACUGGCAGGAAAACGAGGAGCUGAGAGCCAUCGAGGGUCUGGAGGGAGUUGCUCCACUGAAGCCGGAGUUCUCGGGGCCUAAAGAGAAAAUUGUGCCAAUACCUGACGGAAGCUCCUUCUUCAUUCUGGGAAAGAAAAACUGUUUACGAGUGGCCUGCCACAACCUCAUCCACCACCCUUACUUCACCAACAUCAUCCUCGUCUUCAUCAUCCUCAGCAGCAUUUCUCUGGCUGCUGAGGAUCCAAUCAAAUCCCACUCAUUCAGGAACAUUGUGCUGGGAUAUGCUGAUUAUGUGUUCACCUCAGUUUUCACGGUGGAAAUCGUACUAAAGAUGACGGUUUAUGGAGCUUUCCUGCACACUGGCUCCUUCUGUCGGAACGCCUUCAACCUUCUUGAUCUGCUGGUCGUCGGUGUGUCACUCGCGUCUUUCUUUCUGCACUCAAGCGCGAUCUCUGUGGUGAAAAUCCUCCGAGUUCUCCGAGUGCUCAGGCCUCUCCGAGCCAUUAACAGAGCCAAAGGACUGAAGAAUGUGGUUCAGUGUGUGUUCGUGGCUAUCCGCACCAUCGGCAACAUCCUGAUUGUCACCACGCUCCUGCAGUUCAUGUUUGCUUGCAUUGGAGUGCAGCUUUUCAAGGGCCGGUUCUACAGCUGCACAGACGAAGCCAAACACACUCCGUAUGAGUGCAAGGGGACGUUUGUGGUCUACAAAGACGGGGAUAUGAACCACCCCAUGGUGAGAGAGCGGGUUUGGGAAAACAGCGAUUUCAACUUUGACAACGUGCUGAUGGGCAUGCUAGCGUUAUUCACCGUGUCCACGUUCGAAGGCUGGCCACAGCUCCUGUACCGAGCAGUGGACGCCAACGCCAUAAACCGUGGGCCCAUUUACAACUACCGCGUAGAGAUCUCCAUCUUCUUCAUCAUCUACAUCAUCAUCAUUGCCUUCUUCAUGAUGAAUAUAUUUGUGGGUUUUGUCAUCAUCACAUUUCGAGAGCAAGGAGAGGCCGAGUUCAAAAACUGUGAGCUGAAUAAAAAUCAGCGUCAGUGUGUGUAUUAUGCGCUGAAAGCUCAACCCAUCAAGAUUUACAUCCCAAAAAACCCGUCCCAGCUCAAGUUCUGGAGAAUCAUCAACUCCAGCCAGUUUGAGUAUGUGAUGUUUGUGCUGAUCCUGGGAAACACGCUCACUCUGGCUGUGCAGCAUUACGAGCAGUCCAAACUCUUCACCUCCAUCAUGGACAUCCUCAACAUGAUCUUCACCGUGGUCUUCACUGUGGAGAUGAUCAUCAAGCUGAUGGCUCUUCGGGCCCAUCACUACUUCAUCGACCCCUGGAAUUCCUUUGAUGCGCUGAUCGUCGUGGGGAGCGUGUUGGACAUCGCAAUCGCAGAGUUUAGUGGAGGAGGCGGCGGCCACGGAGAGGGGAAAGGAGAACACGCAAAGGUGUCCAUCACGUUCUUCCGUCUGUUCCGAGUGCUGCGGCUGGUCAAGCUGCUCAGCAAAGGAGAGGGCAUUCGAACUCUUCUCUGGACGUUUGUCAAGUCCCUGCAGGCCUUACCUUACGUCGGCCUCCUCAUCGCUAUGAUCUUCUUCAUCUACGCCGUGAUCGGCAUGCAGAUGUUUGGGAAGGUGGCCAUUGAUGAGGACACACACAUCAACAGGAACUGCAACUUCCAGACUUUCUUCAUGGCAGUGUUGGCCCUUUUUAGGUGUGCCACCGGGGAGCAGUGGCAGGAGAUCAUGCUGGCCGCGCUGCCCGGCAGACGCUGCGAUCCAGAGUCCGACGUGGAGCCCGGAGAGGAGUUCACAUGCGGCAGCGGCCUGGGCUACAUCUACUUCAUCAGCUUCUUCAUGCUGUGUGCUUACCUGAUUAUCAACUUGUUCAUCGCUGUCAUCAUGGACAACUUUGAAUACCUCACAAGGGACUGGACCGUGCUCGGUACUCACCACCUGGAUGAGUUCAAGAGAGUUUGGUCCGACUACGAUCCAGAGGCCACUGGCCGCAUAAAGCACAUCGACGUGGUCACCAUGUUGCGCAGGAUACAGCCUCCUCUGGGCUUUGGAAAACUGUGCCCUCAUCGCGUCGCUUGCAAAAGGCUGGUUGCUAUGAACGUCCCCCUGCACGCCGACGGCACGGUCACCUUCAGCGCCACUCUGUUCGCCCUGGUCCGGACCUCGCUCAAGAUCAAGACUGAAGGUGCCAUCGAUCAGCAGAACGAGGAGCUGAAGGUGAUAAUAAAGAAGCUCUGGAAGCGCACGAAGCCUAAACUGAUUGAUGAAAUCAUUCCGCCCCCUAGAGGGGAUGAGGUGACUUGUGGAAAGGUUUAUGCCAGUUUCCUGAUUCAAGACUACUUCAAAAAGUACCGCAAGAGGAAAGAGAGGGAGAGGAAAUCUAAGAGGAAGGACAAGGCAGCUGCUCUGCAGCUGGGGCUGCGGACGCUGCAGGAUCUGGCUCCAGAGAUGCGUCUGGCCAUGUCCUGCGACAUGGAAGAGGAGGAGCUUGCAGAAGGAGAGGCGGCGGCUGAUGAGAUAUUCGACAGUGAGCCUGGAACGUCGGUGAACCCCACGCCUGCCAGCACGCCGAUGCCACCUAUAGAGAUGCUGGUGGAGCAGACGGCCGUGUUUAUCGAACCGGAGCCCAGGACGGACUUGGACGUGAUCACCCAGCAGGUGAAAGGCCUGCUGGAGCACCAGAGACCCGGGUCAGAGCUGGCAGGGGCCGACAUCGUCACGGACCAGCCCUCCAGGUCGGAGCUCCUGCCCCACAGGGUGGACUCCAUCUGUGAAUCGCCUCUUCCUCCUCCACCAGAGAUAUCAGUGGGAGAAGUUGCAGCUGUUCCAGCUAUUGAAGUUGUUCCAGCUGUUGAAGCUGUUCCAGCUGUUGAAGCUGUUCCAGCUGCUAACGGAUUAGCUGUUCCAGCUGUUGCAGCUGUUCCAACUGCUAAUGGAGCAGCUGAGCACUUUUACAGCAUCGAGGGUGAUGCUGCAAGUGUAGCAUCAGUAGAUGGGUAUAUUUAUCCAGAUGUUCCGACUCCUGUCCCAACUGAGCCGGUCUACAACGGCCAGAGUCUGGAUCUGACCAGCAGCAUGGGGGAGAUGCGCUACGACACGCCGGAUCCCGGCUUCGUUGGCAACGGUUACGCCGACAACAACAUGAACGGAGGGAGUGUUGCCCUGAGUCCCACCCCCUACACGGCCAAUGGUUAUAAUGGGAAUGGAUACGCAGACUACCAUGAGAACGGCAGCAUCACCAACGGCCACGACAGCACCAUGAGUGGCAACGGGAACGGAAGCUUGAGCGGCUACAACGGAACCGAGAACGGAGGCUCCCAGUUCGUCAGGAGGCGGCUGCUUCCUAACAUACCAAAAGGUCGCAAGCCUACCUUUAACUUCCAGUGUCUGAGGCCGCAGAGCAGCGUGGACAACCUGCCCAUCCCUGGGAACUACGAAGGGAACACGUCACCGACCAGAUCCCGCCUGCAGAUCCAGCACAGCCUGGACUCCAGGCCCAGCAGCGUGUCCUCCAUGUCUUCCGCCUCCUGGAUGAACACGGCAGCAGCUGGCACCACUCCUCUCCCAGGAGUAAUUGCCCCCCCGGGGCGCAGGGGCAAGCUCGUCUACACCCCCAUGAUCCUGGUGGACGAGGCGACCGGCACCAGCCAGCCGCUGUGGAGCGACGGCUCCGCCAGCCUCCCGGCGGGCCGGCGGCCCGGCUGGUACCCCGGCCAGUCCAGGACCUUCACCAGCGUCAGGAUGCCCAGCUCCAUCAACAAAAGCUUCGUAGACAAAGGCAGCGCAGACAGCCUGGUCGAGUCGAUCUUGAUCUCCGAGGGUCUCGGUGUCUUCGCCAGGGACCCCAAGUUUGUGAACUUUGCCAAGCGGGAGAUCGCUGAAGCCUGCCACAUGACCGUGGAUGAGAUGGAGAACGCCGCCGCUGACCUGAUAGUCCGGGGAGCCAGCCAGUCCCUCUCCCGCUUCGAGGAUGAACUGGCCGACGAGAUGAACUGUGUGAUUUCUUACUGAGAUCAACGAACCUCGAACAAGGAUGAGAAUCAAGGAUUUUACGAGCCAAAGAGAAUCAAAUCUUAUAUGUGGUGUGUGUCGAUUUUAUUUUGUAUCAUAUGUGAGGAAAGUGUAUUUGGUAUGAUACAUUUUUGUUUGUGAAUGCCAAAAGACACACACACAUUCAUCUUAAGAGCACAUACUACUCUCUGGAGAGUUCAACAGAGAAUUCUGCUGAAUACGACAUCGGACUGUGGCACCACAUGUCACUUUUUUCGUCACUGACUCAUUUUGUACUGUACAUGAAUGUCAUCACUUUCUACUCCUGUGUGCUUGGUUUCGUUUAGGGUGAAACAAUUAAACAGUGAAAUAAGAUCAUGUUGAGCUAUUAAACAUAGAUCAAUAAUGCAUUCUCUUUAAAAACAUGUUAAGAGCCUGUCUGCAAGUUUCCAACAGCAUGAACUAUUUUAGAGAAAUAUUUAAGUUCAUUGAAUAUCCUCUAAGAUGCAACAAGUAAACUUGUAGAAAACAAAUGUAAAAAAUGUGUUUAUUGAUUUUUAUGACUGUUUGGUUGGAUCGCUGCAAAGU